AUGAAAUCAAUACAAGGUGAAAAAAGAGGGGUAGUGUCAUACAAAUUAUAUAAAGUUAAUAAUAUCACUACUUCUAUUUAUGUUAAUUUAUGUGGACCAAUAGAAAAUCAUCCAACAAGUAGUGUAUUGAUGGUUGGAAGAAAAGAAAUUGAAUUAAACGACCUUUUUAGUGAAGUGAUUAGUUAUAAUAAUACUCAAAUAAUGUUAUCUUAUACCUUAAAAGAUUCAAUUCCAGAUUGUGAGACAUAUCAUUUACAAGUAAAUUACCAAUGUAAUAAUACUUUAACAGGACCAGUUAUUGCAAAUGUAGAUUAUGAUAUAAAUGAUCCAUUCUUCUGUUCUAAUAUAAUGUUUGUUUAUUAAAUAUAA